AUGGAGGAGUAUGAUUUGAACAUUCCUAAUGAUAUCAUGAAUGCUACUAUUCGUGACCUGGUUAACACGGAAGGAGACGGUAAAUUUAUGAUUGAUAGUGAAGAGGAUGGAUCUUUCUCUAUGAAAAAUAUGUAUUGUAAAUUAAUGCAGGAAGGAGCUGGGCUUGUAAGUGCUAGUUGUAACUUGUGUGGCAGUGUUUGUGAAUCAACUCUCCAUGUGUUGCGCGAUUGCAGUUUUGCUCGCAGAGUUUGGGAUAACAGAAUUCCUGGCAGCAUCAUGCAAGCUUUUUUUGGAACAAAUCUACAAGAUUGGAUUCACCUCAAUAUUAUGGCCAAACCGCAUGAUAAUAUUGAGUGGUGUAACUAUUGGGCUACAGGAUGUCAUUUACUUUGGACAUGGAGGAAUAAAGAGAAGCACACGAUGGAGUUUCAACGGUCGUUUAAUUUCAUUGCCACUAUUGAGAAUAAUUUGAAUGAGUAUAAGGAGGUUAUGCAUAUAAACCACUGUACCAUGGACAUUCAAAAGAUAGAAGUUCUGGUGAAGUGGAGUCCUCCUAUGGAUGGAGUUUUUAAACUUAAUACCGAUGGAUCAAGAGAUAAAGAUGGGUUAGCUGGCUGUAGAGGUGUCAUUCGAGACGCAAGAGGGGAAGUGGAUGUUAGGUUUUACCAAGUUUAUUGGCAAGGCAAGUGUGAUAAUGGCAUAAUUGUGGGGGAUUUUGAAGGUUUGAAGCUUGCUGUGGAGUUUGGGUUUUCGAAGGUGGAGGUUAACACUGAUUCGACUGCUUCCAUAGAGAUCCUUUCUAAAGCUAAAAAGAAGAUGAAUGGGACUUCGAGUCUGGAAUAUCAAAUCAUGCAUUUGAUGGCUAUUAUGGAUUGCGCUGAGAUUGUUUAUGCGUGCAGGGAACUGAAUGGUUGCGCUAAUGCUCUUGCUAAAGAAGGAAUACUUUUGAAAGAAGAUUGCGAAACUUAUUGGGAUCCGCCAGAUUUUAUGCUGAAAAAUCUGAAGAAGGACUUAAAGGGUGUUCUUGUUGCUAGAUCUAUCGUUCCGUAG